UUGUCUAAAUAAAGCGAAAACCUCCUAAAUUCCAUUGGUUUUUUUCUGGGACAAGAUCACCCACAAUGGAAAGAAUUUCCCGGGUAAUCCCGCGCUCAAAAUUAAACAUGUUUGUGGUCAAAAUUUUAAAGGUAAUGGGUUUCGCCGGAACCGUAUUAUUCCUCAAUGGAUUGGGCGAGAGGGACGUUGCUCCUGCAUUGGCCGACUGCCAGCGGGAGGAACGAGAUUCCGCUCCAGAGGAGGUGGCGAAGGAUGCCAGCAAGAACAUCCUCUUCGAUGAGGAUGACAAACGUGAUCUACAGCGCAAGACGGACGACUUUAAGCGAAAGUAUUGCACCAAAGGCGGCAUCUGUGAGCCUCCACCACCGAAACCAUUUUCGCAGAGCAUCGCGGAUGCCUGGAGCGAUACGGUGAGGACUCUCAAGAAGAUCCCCGCCUUCUGGAGCGGAGUUGCGCGCGACUCGGGGAACAGCAUAUGUCGGUUGUUUAAAGGAGAUGAUAAGUAGGCAACGGCCCACCCGUGACAAUAACUAUACAGAAAUCAGGCAACAAGCUCAACUUUACCAAAAUUAUCAUUAUCAUGGCCUCUCAAAUAAU